AUAUAAUACAGUGGUACUUAGAACACACACACACACACAGAUCAUGUGCUGUCCCGAACCUCACUCCCUAUUAGUGCAAGCACUGCAGAAAUUGGUACUCUUCACUCACAUUGUUUUGUUUUUUUGUCUUUGCUUUCCCUCUUUCCUUACACCCUCCAAAGCUGACAUUUUCAUGUGUCUCUUUAAUUAAUUAAUUAAAUUUAUUUAAUUAACAAAAAACUCCACGUUAUGACAGCAGUGCUACUGGAGCGAGAUUCACAGAUACCUUCCUUUCUGACUCCCUCCAAUUCAAAAACUUCCAGGCAGCCUGACCUUAUUUCUUUCUUCUUUUUAGUUUCAAGUUUCAGAGAAAUCUCUAUACGCAAAUAAAUCUCAAAUCACAAGCAAGAAGAAGAGUUAUUGACAAUUUUUUUUUUCCCCUUACAAGAAGCCCUCUGGAAAAUCUCUUAUUGGGAACAAUCUUCUGAUGCCAGCCUGGGCAUCCCUGAUCAAAAUUCGAGUCUCUGAAGAAACCCUCUAAGAAAAAUCCAAUUUUUAUGCGCUUCUGGGCAUUCCUGAUCGAGUUUGAGCCCAGUUACAAGUGGAACUCUUAGGAAAAAUCUCAUCUUGGGGCAGUUUUCUCAUGUCAUCCUUUGCAUCCCUGAUCGAGAAAUCUUCUCUUUGGGCCCUUUCUGAUGAGUCCUGAUCGAUUGUGAGUCGUGGGUUUGGUGGGAAAAUCGUUCAAUUAUUGUUAGGUUUUGCGAAUUUUAACAUUUUUAGUUUUGUUGUUGCCCUGAGCUAGUUUGAGAUUCACUUCACUGGGGGCCGGGGCCGGCAAGUAAAAAAUGGACCUGUGAAAAAAAAGCUCCCAGGAGCAUUGAAGAAGAAGAAGAAGAUGAGGAGGCGGGCAGCCGAAUACCGGCGCCCGAUUAGCAUUGGUAGUCGGAGGAGGUUUCUGACUUGUUGUUGGAUCUGGGUGCUACUUGGGACAUUCUUAAUUGCAGGAUUCUUGUUGUUUGUUUCUCAUCAUAAUUAUCAGCAUGAGGAUGAUCAUCAUGUGGAACACCACCACCCCCUCAUCUCGGAGAAGAAUUCUGGAAGUGAACAUAUUUCUGUUGAAGAACGGUUGAAUUUCACUGAGCAGCUUGUGAGUGCUAGAUCAUAUGCCAGACAAUUAGCAGAGCAAAUGACGCUUGCCAAGGCUUAUGUUGUUAUUGCAAAGGAGCAUAAUAAUCUUCAUCUUGCAUGGGAGCUCAGUUCAAAGAUCAGAAGUUGCCAGUAUUUACUUUCAAAGGCUGCCAUGAGAGAGGAUCCAAUUUCCCUUGAGGAAGCCGAGCCAAUAAUCAAAAGCCUUUCUUCUUUAAUUUUCAAAGCGCAGGAUGCUCAUUACGAUAUUGCAACGACAAUGAUCACUAUGAAAUCCCACAUCCAGGCUCUUGAAGAGCGUGCAAACGCAGCAUCUGUCCAGAGCACAGUGUUCGGUCAAAUAGCUGCUGAAUCACUCCCGAAAAACUUGCACUGUUUGGAUAUUAAACUCAUGGCCAAUUGGCUCAAGGAAUACUCGUUGCAAAAGCGUGCAGAUGAAAGGAGGAAUUCUCCCCGGCUAACUGAUAAUAAUUUGUACCACUUCUGCAUAUUCUCGGAUAAUGUGCUUGCAGUUUCUGUUGUUGUCAACUCUACCAUUGCUAACGCUGAUCACCCACAGCAGCUGGUUUUCCACAUUGUGACAAAUGGAGUAAAUUAUGGGGUUAUGCAAGCAUGGUUCUUGAGCAACAACUUCAAAGAGUCGACAAUUGAAGUACAAAACAUAGAAGAUUUUGCUUGGUUGAAUGCAUCAUACUCCCCGGUAGUGAAGCAGCUACUUAAUGGAGAAUCUCGGAAGUACUACUUUGAAGGAUUAGAAAAUGCUGGGGUCGAGCCUAAAUUUAGGAACCCAAAGUAUGCGUCCUUGUUGAAUCACCUUCGCUUUUACAUCCCUGAGAUUUAUCCGCAGCUGGAAAAGGUAGUGUUUUUAGAUGACGAUGUUGUGGUACAGAAGGAUUUGACUCCUCUAUUUUCUCUAGAUUUACAUGGAAAUGUGAAUGGAGCUGUUGAGACCUGUCUAGAAGCAUUUCAUCGUUAUUACAAGUAUCUCAACUUCUCAAACCCGCUUAUCAGCUCUAAGUUCGAUCCCCAGGCCUGUGGGUGGGCCUUUGGGAUGAACAUUUUCGAUUUGAUUGCCUGGAGAAAAGCAAAUGUGACGUCGAGGUAUCAUUACUGGCAGGAGCACAAUGCCGAUAAAACUCUGUGGAAACUCGGGACGCUUCCACCGGGCCUCUUAUCGUUCUAUGGAUUAACCGAACCACUUGAUAGGAGAUGGCACGUGUUGGGGUUGGGUUAUGACUUGAAUAUUGACAACAGGUUAAUAGAGAGCGCAGCCGUAAUUCACUUCAAUGGGAACAUGAAGCCAUGGCUAAAGCUGGGUAUUAGCAAGUAUAGGGUCCUUUGGGAACGGUAUUUGAAUCAAUCUCAUCCGUAUUUUCAGGAUUGCGCUACCAGUGGAUGACUUAAAACUGUAGUUUUAUUCAUCCAUUUUAGAGGUAAGUGAAGAUCCUCUACUGUUUUCUUAAAUUCUCAAAGCUGUAAUCACAUCGCAUUAGGGUUAGAAAAAUAGAAAAUUUUGGCCUUUUUUCAAGGAGCGUACUGUAUUUCACCCUCCUUUUAGUGACAUAUGUAUUAAAGAGGAAAAUUAAACAUGGCAGUAUUUAUAUACUAGGGGCAUUUUUUACUUCAUUUUUCACAGAUUAAGAUUAUUUUUGUUUCUUCUCUGUAACUGUAUGUUGUUCUUCUUUGCACUUUUCAAAAAAAUACAUAAUUACUAUGUUUUGCAGAUUUGAGUAAAGUUCUUCAUCUUCC